GGAGAGAGUGGCAAGAGUACCUUCAUCAAGCAGAUGAGGAUCAUCCAUGGAUCAGGAUACUCUGAUGAAGACAAGAGGGGCUUUACCAAAUUGGUGUAUCAGAACAUCUUCACAGCCAUGCAGGCCAUGAUCAGAGCUAUGGACACUCUCAAGAUCCCAUACAAGUAUGAACAUAAUAAGGCUCAUGCACAAUUAGUCCGAGAGGUUGACGUGGAGAAGGUGUCUGCUUUUGAGAACCCAUAUGUAGAUGCAAUAAAGAGCUUGUGGAAUGAUCCUGGAAUCCAGGAGUGCUAUGAUAGACGACGAGAAUAUCAGUUAUCCGACUCCACUAAAUACUAUCUGAAUGGAUUAUGCAGAAUGGUCGAUGUAGGGGGCCAAAGGUCAGAGAGAAGAAAAUGGAUACACUGCUUUGAAAAUGUCACCUCGAUCAUGUUUCUAGUAGCGCUUAGUGAAUAUGAUCAAGUCCUUGUGGAGUCAGACAAUGAGAACCGAAUGGAGGAGAGCAAAGCACUCUUUAGAACAAUUAUCACGUAUCCCUGGUUCCAGAACUCCUCUGUUAUUCUGUUCUUAAACAAGAAAGAUCUUCUAGAGGAGAAAAUUAUGUAUUCCCACCUAGUCGACUACUUCCCAGAAUAUGAUGGACCCCAGAGAGAUGCCCAGGCAGCUCGAGAGUUCAUCCUGAAGAUGUUCGUGGACCUGAACCCCGACAGUGACAAAAUUAUCUAUUCCCACUUCACCUGCGCCACAGACACCGAGAACAUCCGCUUUGUCUUUGCCGCCGUCAAGGACACCAUCCUGCAGCUGAACCUGAAGGAAUACAAUCUGGUCUAACCGUGCCUCCCAGAAACCGUUCUUCCCUUCCCUGUGGGCUGUUGAAGAUAACCAAGAAGGACUGUAUUUCUGUGGAAAACAAUUUGCAUAAUACUAAUUUAUUGCCGUCCUGGACUCUGUGAGCGUGUCCACAGAGCUGUAGUAAAUAUUAUGAUUUUAUUUAAACUAUUCAGAGGAAACAGAAUGCUGAAGUACAGUCCCAGCACAUUUCCUCUCUCUCUCUUUUUUUUUGAGGCAAAACUUGUGACUCGAUGUAUUUUAAAUUUUCAGUCACUCAUUCACAAUAUGAAAGCACUCCUACCGUUUGUGUUCUCUCUCUCUCUCUCUCUCUCUCUCUCUCUCUCUCUCUCUCUCUCUCUCUCCAUUCCUUUCCAUCUCCCUCCUCCCUUCUUUUCUGUUGACCAAAACAAAGCUGGUUUUUCUUCUUCCUGUUCCAUACCCCCGUACUGAUUUUGUUUUCUCAUCUUAACAAUGGACUUUACCCUUGUUCCAUUCUUCUUGAGUGAUGCAGUCAGGACAGUGUCAUUCGAUUGAAGUCACCUUAUAUCAGCUUCAUUUAACAGUGGUUGUACUGAAGGCGUGUAUGUAUUACUACUAUGGUUCUAAUGUGUCUCUGGAUGCACAUCACAUCUAGUAUUUCUUUUUCAAUGCAUACAUGUGUGUGUGUGUAUAUAUAUUGUCUUGUCUCACUUGGACUAGGACAGCAGGUGCCCAUUGAUGGUCAAGAAUCUUAUAUUUUGGAUACAGAACUUCAGCCAUAGCUGGGUUGUUCAGAGGAAUGUCUGGAAGUCAGAGUGUGUGCUUACAGGCUGUGAAGGAGUCCUUGCUACUGCAGUCCAUGUGCCAUGUCCUUUUUCUCUUUCUUGCUUCCUUUUGUUUCUCUUUAGGUUUUUCACCCUCUCUGUAAACCACAGAUGCCAAAUGAUAUGCCAACAGACACUACAUUCCCCAGCGCUGCUGCCAGAACCGCCUCGAGUCUAUUCAUUUUCUGUUUGUUUCCAGCUCUCCUUUCCUCCGAUCCCUUUUGUGUUUGGGCCAUAAUUUUAAAAUAAUUUUUGCUAUGGGUAUGUUUUGCCAAAGCCGGAUUUUUAUAAGACAAAAUAAAUCAAGAAUUUAAACAGUAAAAGCCAGCGUCUCAACAUGUAAGCAUUAAGACAGUACAGCGAGGUUGACAGCUGGGUGUGAACCGGAAACACACAUUGCCAAACAGUUGCUACCUGAACCGCUUCUCUCAUGGUCCGUUCUUUCUUUGCCCUUACAAAGUCAGUGCCAGUGUCCGGAUGAGCAGUAUAGAAAACUACCCUAUGUGGUUUGUCAUGAGAGCUGUUCAUAUCUCUUUACUGGCACCAGUGUUAUUAGCUCUUUAUGUUCUUUAAUUUUGAGUGAGUUUGCCAAGAACACUGGUUGAUAGCAUUAUCCUGUAACUUUGAUUGGGG